AGUGCUCAAAUCCAUAAGAAGCACGUGGGAUGAAAUUCAUAGUGCAUUUCCUGUGAGUUCGAAGCCUCCAUUGUACAGUGGCUUUUGUCUUGCACGUUUGCAAGAUGACUCGCUGCAAAGGAAAGCCUCAGAAAUCAAGUCUGAAGCUGGGCGCUGGCAUUGGCAAGGAUGUGAAGGGUGCAACAGAGCGAGCGCCAGCAGUAACAAUAGAUGUCAAAUCAGCAGCAGCCAUGCCUGAGUUCAAUGCGGCAGACCCUUUGGCACAUGUUGCCGGCAAGAGGGUGGCGACAACUACUGGCAUGAAAACAGCUUUUGCAGCAGAGUCGUCUUUGAACAUUGCCCGGCGAAUACGGAAUGCGUCUGUUCCUUGUGGAUGUGUCAUAGAAGAUGAUGCUGCUGUGGCUGAAGACCUGUCAACAGCCGCCAUGGAUUUGUCGUCCAGCAGCAGGCGACUGAUGCCUCGCCGGCCAGCAUGGUCGUAUGAGAUCAGCAGUGGUCGAUUACACCAUCGCGAGGCACAAAGCUUCAAGAAAUGGCUGGACGAGGUACAGGAGCUCAUCCAGCAAAGAGGUGGUUACCCGCCCGCCUUUGAGACAAAUUUGCAAGUGUGGCGGCAGCUUUGGCGAGUUCUAGAAAGAUGUCACGUUGCAGUGGUGGUUUUAGAUGCGCGACAUCCUUUGCUUCAUCUUCCACCUGCGCUCAUCUAUCAUGUUAGACGAACUCUUCAGAAGCCUCUUGUUGUGGUGCUGAACAAGCUGGAUGCAGUAGAUCCUAUGAAUGCUGAACGAUGGGCUGAGGCACUUUCCUUGGUUCCUGGGAUUUCUGCGAUCAUUGGCUAUUCGAAGGAAGAAUUGACAGCUGAAUUUCGAUCACUCAGAAUAGGGAAAAAGGCGCUGAUCCACAUUUGCCACAAGGUUCAUUCCGAAUCUAUGGCAGCAUCAAAGGCUGCAGAAUCUUCAAAUUCAAAAGUAGAAGGGUCUGACAGGGCAGAGACUGUUGAGGAUAAGCCGGUGGCAUUUGACUUCGUGGAAUCUCCAGAAUUCGUUGGAUCAAAGUCCGGCUACUACUUUGGCACUGGCAACAAAGGCACGGGAUACUAUUCCGAUGCGCAGGCUCCAAAGAAGUGCGCCAAAGCUGCCACAAGAGACCUUCGAGACGCAGUCGCACAGAGCACUGGAGAAGAGCUUUCCGUUCCAGCCGGAUGUGUUUGUGGCCGCACAGGAUGUGUCACUGUGUCUGUGUGAAUAUGAGUGAUGGCUGUGCCCUUCCAAGGCAUCAUGCUUGGCUUAGUGGGCCAUCCAAAUGUCGGCAAGUCAUCGAUGGUCAACCACUUGAUGGGUGGAAAGGUCGUGAGUGUCAAAGCCACACCUGGCCACACCAAAAUCUUGCAGACCAUCAAGCUGGAUGACAAAACAUGCCUGUGCGGCUCACUUGCAUCAGAGGGCUGAGCAAUGUGCUCCUCCAAGG